AUGCGCCGAUCAGUCGUCCCCGAGCCUCGUUUGCCGAUCAGCCAUCUGAAUAUCGCCGUCAGGACUACUACCGAAUCUGAGCACCAUGGGGAGCGUGGAGAGGGCAAUGAAAGAGGUGACUUUCCAGAGCAUAGCUGGGCCGCCUGGUCUUGCUUGCUUGGUUCAUUCCUGAUGAUGUUUCCUUCCUUUGGCUUUCAGACUGCUGUCGGAUCUGUUCAGGACUAUAUAAGCACUCAUCAAUUGGCCGACUACAAUAUCAGCGAUGUCGGGUGGAUCACAGCAGUGCUUGUUUUCUUGACUUUAUUCCUAGGAGUUCAAGUCGGGCCGCUCUUCGAUCGUUACGGCCCACGAGUACUGAUAAUCUGCGGCAGCAUCGCCAGUUUUGCGUCCUAUAUGCUGUUGGCAGAGUGCACAAAGUACUGGCAUUUUAUGCUUUGCCUUGGAGUCCUUGGGGGCGUUUCAUCUGCCAUCAUUACUACCGUUUCAAUUUCCGUUCUUAGCCACUGGUUCUAUCGGCGCCGUGGCUUAGCAUCUGGCAUUUGUAUGGCAGGAUCAUCCGCCGGUGGAGCUACUAUUCCUUUGGUCCUUCGAACACUCUAUCGGAAGUAUGACUGGCUAUGGUCAAUUCGGAUAAUUGCUUUUAUGGCUCUUGGGAGCUAUACGGUUGGAGUGUACCUGAUCAAGGCAAGACUCCCGAUUAAUAGCAAUAGCAUGGUGACUAUUGACCUUCGAGCUUUGGCUUCACCUCGGCUUUGCUUUCUUGCAGCUGCUGUGUUCUCAUUCGAGUUUAUUAUAUUCGGUUGCGCCGCACUACUUCCCACGUAUGUUCGCUAUGCAGGAUUUGAUGAAAAUGUUCAAUAUUAUUCUCUCACAGUGUUAAAUGGUAUGAGUAUUCUAGGGAGAAUUCUACCAGGAUUUGCCGCCGAUCAGGUAGGAAGAUUCAAUAUUCUGUUUUCUAUGGUCUGUGCCACCUUGAUCAUCAUGGCGGGCAUUUGGCUCCCAUAUGGAUCUCAUGACGAGGCAACUUUCUAUAUCGUGGUCGCGAUAUUUGGGUUUGGUUCUGGUGGAUGGCUUUCCUUGGCCCCGGUUUGUGCUGGACAACUCUGCAAAACAGAAGAGUAUGGUCGAUUCUAUGGGACGAUUUAUGUCGUUGCCGCCUUUGGAGUCCUUCUCACAGUACCUGUGGGGGGUAAGUUGCUUCAAUCGACCACACCUCGGAUUCUCAUUGGCUUUUAUUCUGCUAUUUUAUUCGUGGGGCUGGUUAGUGUAGUAUUGUCUCGCUGGGCAGUGUUGGAUUGGAGAUGGAAAUGGAAGGUCAAGAUCUAG